AUGCAAUUACUGCGUGGCGAUCGUGGAGAUACCAGCAGCACUUCUUCAAGAAGCUAUGGAGGCUUUGGGCCUUCAGAGCCACGGCUCUUCGAGUUCAACGAGCGGGGUCGGUCUGUAGCGCCCAAAUGUAUCGAGAUGUCCAAGCAGCACCCUGAGGACUUCCUCAACUACCUCCAGCAGGCAUGGAAGCGCGACAAGAUCUACGCCAAGGAAAAUCCAGAGUCCAUGUUUGAUAUUAAAGCUAUCAGAGUUCUCUGCCAAGACGGAAAGUUCAGACCACUCGGCAACUCGUAUAUCCCGCUUCCAAAGCUGCAUUACCUCCGGAAUCGAUAUAUGCUCGAGGGCGAGCCCUUUCCUUUCCUCAGACUUGAUCCUCCGAUAAAGUCAGAAGGAGGAUUUGGUCAGUGGAGGUGUCUCAGAGCCUUUGCCAAGUAUCAUGAUGACCUGGAUUUUUUUCUCGAGAUGUUGAUACGAGUACGCCGAUCGAAAGCAUCAACUGUCGAAUUUCCGCGUCGAAUAUUGGAGCUAUAUCUUCGGAUACAAGCAGAGUGCGAAGAUUCAAAAGAUCCAGAAUCUAGCGCGCAUAAAGUCAGAUAUGCGUUCGAGAAGGAGCAAUUAGUCUAUGUCCAUCCAAUAUGGAGACCCCUCAGCGAAUGCUUGCUAGAUGACUCAUGCGAGAUAGCCAGCACGUUAUCCAAGUCACCUGUGUUUCCGGUACCAGAAGAUUGGGACGCCAGCAAGUCAGAGCUUGCGUCUCUGAGAGAAUUCUACGUACAGACGCUGAAACUUGAAAAAGCCAGCUAUCGGACCAUCGUCGGCGUGUUGGAAAAGCGCGAUUUCGAUGCAGUACUCGACCCUGCGGACCUUUGGUUGACAGAUGAGCUUUAUCGCGCUUUGGAGAAGAUGAGAUUUGAUCUCUCGCCGAAUGAUGCUGCUGAUCUCAAAAUUGCGUUCAUCGAGAAGCCGAUCAUCGCUGUUGCUCCCGGAGAAACAGUGACAUGGCUCACUUCAAAGGACGUCUCCUGGUCUCCCAAACUCGACAGUCCAGAAGUCAACGAUCUCAGCAAGCACUACCCCGAGCUACACGAAUUCUUUGUCGACUUUCUCGACGUCAAGCAGAACGACUCAGGACUUAUCUUCGACACACUGAUGCAAGUCUCAUCAUUAAGUCCUGACUGCUCUCGCGAUGACACCGCAAGAGGUCUUCUAGUCGCCGUCAGUCAAAGAAUACCAGAGUACGGACAUGUUUUCGACAAGGAGAGAUUUAUGCAGAGUAAUGUCUUUCCUGUGUCGACUGCGGAUGGGGUUUUGCUGUGUGCACCUAGUAUGGAAUUUGUCAUCGCGGAUCGACAAAACCUGAAAGAGGCAUUUACCGGAAGAUUGAACUUGCUGGAUUUCGAUCCGAAGACUGUUUGGAUGUUGGAUAAUCUGCUGGUAUGGGCUGGUCUUGAUCAGCGAUAUUUGUCACGACACGUCGUGGACCAAGGCCCAGCCGACGAGAACUUCAAAUCCAUCGAGCUGCCCGACGAACUCUCUGCCAAGGCUGACCACCUUCUACGUAUCGCUGUCCAUUUUAAGAGUCCACGGACGACUACACCCAAGGGGACAUCCUGGCUUCGAGAAACCCUCGAGCACUGCGAAGUUCGCCUCGCAUCCAGCUUCCAAUCGCAACUCGUCUAUCGCUCCGGCAGCGCUGAAAUAACCGCUGUGAAUCCCAUGGGCGGUCUCGAUAUCAAGGAUACAGUUGGCCUGACUGUGUACUCUGAUGAUGAGAACUGGGAGAUUUUCAAGCAGACGUUACUCCCACGUCGAUUGCUCGAAUGGAUCAUGACGGACCCCGAGACAAAUGUCAUACAAGAUGUGCCUGAGCAGGCGGUGAGCUUGGUGAGAAGUAUCAUCAAUGUUUCAAAUGCUCGAGAGCAUGUGAUAGCCAGAAUACUUGAUGCCGAGGGUAUAGUCGAUUUGGAGCUGUUACAAGCGUCGCCGUAUUGGCGAGUGAACAGUGAACGCCAACCAGAUACCACAAUCAGUACACCAAAACCAGAAAAGUUUGCACCGUCCAAGAUUAUCGACGACUCAGAUUCCACCCCCGCUCCAGCAUACAGCAUAGCCGGCCCCUCAUACAGCAGAGACGAGCAUCCCGCCUACAGCAAGGGUGGGGAACCAGCAUACAUUCGAACAGAACGAGCCUACUCGAACAGCGAACCGCCGUACAGCAAAGAAGACCCCGCAAAGCAAUCGUCGCCGCCGCCACCGCCGUCAAAGCCAGAUUCACUGCGGGAUAGACUUCCUGUGUCGAAACGGGGGCUACAGAGACGGGUUUCGGAAAAACAGGAUUGGGAGGGAGAUUUUGUAGCGAACGAAGCUACAUUGGUUGACUUUUCUGGAGAAGAUGGAUAUGGAGUAGAUUGA